CAGGGCUUCCGUGUCGACCUUCCAAUCAAAUCAGCCCGCUACAGGGGACAGUACAGCUCUUAUCCAAUCAAACUCUUCUAUACCUCCAAUAUUCCCAUCAUUCUCCAAUCUGCCCUUGUAUCAAAUCUCUAUCUUAUCUCACAGAUUUUGGCAACAAAGUUUAGUGGAAAUUUCUUGAUUAAUUUACUCGGAGUGUGGGCUGAUGUUGGGGGUGGUGGACCGGCCCGUUCCUACCCUAUCGGGGGUCUCUGUUACUAUCUGUCUCCCCCAGAGACUCUAUCCCACGUGGUGGAGGACCCCAUUCACGCAGUACUGUACAUGAUCUUCAUGUUGGGAUCUUGUGCUUUCUUCUCCAAGACCUGGAUUGAUGUGUCUGGCUCAAGCGCAAAGGAUGUUGCUAAACAACUGAAGGAACAGCAGAUGGUGAUGAGAGGACACAGAGAACAGUCUAUGAUUCAUGAGUUAAACCGUUACAUCCCCACCGCCGCAGCUUUUGGUGGUCUCUGUAUCGGAGCUCUCUCAGUCUUAGCCGAUUUCUUAGGGGCUAUUGGAAGUGGAACUGGUAUUUUGUUAGCUGUUACCAUUAUUUACCAGUAUUUUGAAAUCUUCGUUAAAGAACAGAGUGAAAUGGGUGGAAUGAGCACACUAUUAUUUUAAACAAAAACUAGACUUUAAAGACAUAUAUCAUUUCUCCAUCAGCCUUUUCAUUCAACAAACAGGACAAUUCAUUAUAAAGGUUUUAAAAUACAUAAACUGUCAUAUUGCUUCCCUUUGAUAUUAAGUGAAGAUGAAAUGAUUGAACUCUUUAAUAUGUACAUCAUUUAAAACAAAAUAACUUUAAAAAAUUGUUUAUAUUUUGAACAGCUGUAUUUAUUUUUGUUUGAAUUGUAUAUAGAAGAAGACAGUCAUAUCUACUUAUGUAUUUAUGACCAUAUUUAUAAUUUUUGAUAGUAAAAAAAAACUAAAUAAGUUAUAUGAUUCAAGAUGUAGAGGAAAAAUGGAAAAGGUUGUUGAUAAAAUAAGCAUGUUGCAAGAAAGCUUUCACUCAGUUUUCUAGAAAAGCUCAUCGUUAGGCCGAGGAGUCUGAUUUCUCACCGAAUGCUUAAUAAGUGGUAAUGGUUCUUCAUUGUUGUUGUAACAAUGGUAGGUGAUGUCUGUAAGAAUGAAGUGAAUAAGUGUGUUUCAUUAUAGGAUUUUUUAUAUGUUACAAAAUGUGAGAAAGAAAAAUAAAAAUGGAGGAAAAAAAUUGUU